UACAAAUGGCCGUCGACAUGUGCGUGGAUGAGCAUUGGCGGCACAAAGAUUUACUAGAAAUAUGUGUUUAACUAAUAACAUCUAAAUUGUAAAAUGAUGCUAGAUAAGGCUAUAGAGUGGUGUGGGAUCUGUGCCAGUGUAGGAAAACCAAGCAAGCUCAAAGUAUACCAGAUUAACCUUGAAGAAGCUGUCAAGUUGUGUGAGGAUGAAGCUUGCAAUUAUCCCAUUGGCUUGGACAAGGUUGUUUACAGAAAGUUUGAAGAAGUACCUGUCCCACAUAAACGGAAGUCAAUACACAGACAGUCAUCAUUACAACCGCCUAUCUUCUCAGCUAAUCCAAAUACAUAUGUACCACGACCACAACCAUUGGCUUUGUCAUGUCAGGCCCCUAGAAACAUCAUCAGACCUCAACCUGUCUCUGCCUUCUCUCAAUCUAACAACUUUAUUUCGCCAUCUUCAAGUGUAGAAAUGUUUGGGAGAUGUCCACUGCCAAAAGCAAUUAGGUCAACCUCACCUGAAUUUGUACCAGUCCUAUCACAACAGAAAUCCACUUGUAUUUCAUCAAAAAGUCUUUCAUCUUCAACCACAGAAAGUGUUCGUUUGUUACCGUCUCAAAGUUUUCAGUCAUUGAAUCCAGUUUCCACACAAUCACAAGAUACAUUCAUAUCGCCUGAUUCUGGAAUGGAAAUUGACACUUCAGAAGUUACGGAAGUUAUAGAUGUCCAUUUCAGUUCAGAUGAUUUUGCGUUUUUUAAUCAACUUACAGCACCUGAGUUAUCAAAGCAAACAGUUUCCCCCAAUUUAGUUUUAUCAGACUUGCGAGCCGUUUCACCUAUUUCAAAAGAUUCCAGUUCUGAAACAAUGCAAGCGCCACCUUCGCCUUUUAUUCCAGUUAGGUCAAACAUACAUGUAGGAAGAUCCGAAAAUAUAAAGACUGCUCAGGAGAUCAAUGGUAUAAAACCUUUGGAAGCAAAUGAUACAGGCAACACUAAUGGUGUAAAAACCAUGGCUUUAGAUAAUGUAAGUGACGAUGUAAUAUCUCAGGAAAUUGAAAUAGACACUUCAGACUCUCCUGUUCUAGGUGAGCACACUACUUAUUUCGUGGUUGAGGGCAAUGGAAAAGGCAGAGGAAAAAUCACAAAACUGAAAGAAGAAAAAUCUAGAAUAAUGAAGAAAGCGAUACCUGAAUAUAACAAGCAGAAACUUCCAGAACAUACUAAAGAGAAACAACCACCUCUCCUACCAGAGAAAAAAAUUCCAACUUUAGACAUUUUCAAAUAUUUUCCUCAAUGGCAAAAUGAAGAGGCUCUUUGUUGGUUGGAUGUUGUACUUUGUUUGUUCGUUCAUAGUAAAGCAAUCAGGAAAGUUAAUGUUGAAAAUGAAAAUGUAGACUUGUCUCAUACAAUUUUAGUAACAUUGUUCAAAGCUUAUGAACAGGCAUGUCAGUUGAUAAACAAAUAUCGUGAGAAAACAACGAAAAACCAAUUGGAAGCAGCUUCCAGAACCAGGUCUGGUAGACUGUUUUCAGAUCCUGAGGAAUCAGACUCGGAUGCUGUCGUGGACUCCCCUAAUACAGAAAUGCUCAAAGAAAUAUGUAAAAUGCAUCCAGACACAAUCAAAACUGGUGCAGGACUUAGUUGCUCAAAAGACUUUUUAUCUAUGCUGCCUUUGGAUGAACAGGAAAAUUAUAAAAAAGCAUUCACUUUAUUGAGAGACAUUCGAGAAAAUAUAUGGAGAAAGAUGCAGCCACGCUUGCAGUGUGUUAAAGGCAAAAACGACAGUCCAGUUUUAGCAAUACCAUUAAUGGUGAAGGACAAUGUAAACAUUGAGAGGGAGUUUUUGGUGGAAUAUGACUUCAUGUUGUCAUGUGAAGCAUGUGGCUACCAACAAACCGAUCGUUACAAGAAAGUUCUUCCAACAUUGCCAGCUAUGGAGCAAAACUUCACCAUGAAAGAACCCUGUUUUCUACGGUCUUGUUUCAAGUGUAAUGCUGAAAACCAAAGGAGAAUAUUAAAAUUUAACAGGUUGCCUGGAGUGUUACUAUUACAUUUCUCUGAAGGGUUGCCACAUAACAACUUUAAGAAACUUGAGUUCUGGCAUAACAGCUUGAAAUACAGUGUGACUGGUUUUGUACAGUAUAGAAAUGACCCUGAUCAUUUUGUCACAUGGAUAAGACGUUUUAAAGACAAUAGAUGGAUGGAGUUUGAUGAUUUAAAGUCACCUAUCUGUAGAUUUGAGUCACAACAGCCAGAUAUGGAUUCCAGUCAGAUACAUAUAGUCAUGUGGGAAUCAAUUCAAGAGUCUAGUCAAUCCUCAGAUCCUAAAGUAGUUAAACCAGGUCCUAGUGUAAAUACAUCAACAAACAUUGUUAACGGUAAAAAACAAGUGACCACUGACAGAGGGGUUCUAAAUGGGAAUCAUUCAGUGUCGCACUUCACAACAAACAUGUCUAGUAGUUUACAUUGUUUUACUGAUGAUGCACGAGGUCAGAAUGAAAAAUUCUCAAUGUCUUCUGCAACAGUUUCAACAUCUUUACAAUCAAACUUGGUGCUCAGUAAUACUAAAUCGGUACUAUCAAUAGAACAAUCGAAUUUAAAACUUAAAGAAAAAACUUUCUCUAAAGAUGAGACAAAUUUAAAUUUAACAAAAGCAGUCACUAAAGAAGCCCAGACGUGGGUAAAUGCAGAUGUUAAUUGUGACAGCAAGAAAGCUCAUAGCAGGUCACUUGGUAACAGCAAGAUAUCAACUACAAUAAGUAAACUUAAGCGUGUCGUAGAACAGAAGAAUGCACAAGAAGUUAGAGCAUUGCGCUUUGAGAAGAAACAGUUGGCAAAUGAACCUCCCAAAGAAAAAUCGGAAAGACUCAUUAAAAAUGUUUUGAAAAGUAUAUCAGAAAAUUCUAAUGUUAUAUUUGCUAAAAAGACUGAGACAGAAGAAAGUCCCCCACCAGAAAUAUCUGUAGAGGGACGAAGAGAAGCACUGGCAAGAUUAUGGAAGCCUAAAUCAGAAGUGAUGACGAGAAUAAAAAAAGUACACGAAAAAAAUGCUCAGCCAUCCAUGUCUUGUGAUACAGAAGUUCUGACAUCAAAGUCAUGUGGUACAGCAGUUCAGAUGUUAAAGACAUGCAAUACAGAAGUUCAGACAUCAAAGUCAUGUAACAUAGAAGUUCAGACGUCAAAGUCAUGUGAUACAGAAGUUAAGGCGUCAAAAUCAAUAGAAGUAAAUGACCAAUGGAAACCAGCUGACAAGUUGAAGUUAACAGAGCAAAAGUAUAGGGGGAAAAUGUGUCAACCUCUUAAAGCAAAAGGGGCUUCAAAGUCAACUGUAGUAACUGUCCGUAAUAGGUAUCAAAAAGGGAGUAGUCAAGAUAACGAAAGAAUGUACGACUUGGGUUCCGUUAGUGCAAAACGAAAUGAUAGUAUUUCUAGAACAUCAGGAGAUGGCGACACAGAAACAUUAAUGAAUCAGUCAACUUAUACAAGUGUAUCGACUAAUGGCAACAAUAAAUCCACUCAUGGCCACAUUAAAUCCACUAAUGGCAACAAUAAAUUCACUAAUGGCCACACUAAAUCCACUAAUGGCCAUACUCAAACAGUCAGCAACGGCAAAUUUGAGUCUGUAACAUCAAGCAGUUCUAAAAGGACAUGUGGAACUUCUACUGUAUCCAACUACUCACUAUUGUCAAAGAUUCAAGAAAAUGGAACAGUCAAGCAAGGAAUAAAAGUGAAAGAUGAAAAGCUUAAAGGAAAUAAAAGCAUAUUAGAUGUUCUUAAGGAAUCUUCAGAGAGGAGAAGUCAAUCUAGGUGUUCAAAUACAAGUAUUUCUUCACAAUUACCUUCUUGGAGAAACUUUAUUAAACAUAAGACAUUUAGUGGGUAUCAGUUGUCAACACCUAUACCAACAUCUACUUCAGAAUCUACCCCGGCUUCUACACCACCAUCUACACCAAAGUCCAGCUGUCGUCCUAGUCCAACAUUCAGCAUGAAGAGUGAAAUUUUAUAUCCGUCAAAAAGGAAGAACUCUGUGAACAAUUUCAUUACAGUAAAACGAUUUAAACAACAAAUCCGACCACCUUUAUUUGUCCCAUCUUCAGCGAAUAAUUCUGCAAGGUCCAGCCCAAAGAGGAACAUGGGAAAUCAUGAAAAUGACAUUUUAGAGAAUUUGUACAGUGCUCUAGACAUUCCUUUGCCUUCUGACAAUCCAGAUUCACUUGACCUGUCGGCCAUAGAGAACUCAAGUUGUCUCCAGAAUAUGGAUGACUUUUUAGAUCAGUUGUUGUGAGGGAAGUUUAAUACUUUUUAAGAAUUAAUAAAAAGGGGGGGAGAGGGGGAAAUUUUCUUGCCAUUUAAUGGCAAGGUGUUUGUUAUGUAAAAUAAAGUGGUAAGUAUUCCAAUAUAUCUAGUGUGAUUGUUUCAAUUCUGGGCCAUCUCAAAAUAUGCAAUAGUCAUGAUCAUACUCGACACAGUGAAGUCAAGCUUAAGGCAGUCUCAAAACUAAAGAUCUAACCAUGCUUAACGUGAAACACAUUGAACAAACUGAGAGCAAGUUUUGAACUGUGAAACAUAACACUUAUUUACAAGUUACAUCUUUUGAAAUGCACAUUGAACUGUUAAGAUUCAAAAGCUAUGCAGAGUACAUUAUGAAUGUAUUUUAUUUGUUUUAAGAUUCUUUCUGGAAGUUUGAACUUAUUAUUGUAAUAUGACUGACCAGUACUUCGUAAUUUGUAACGCAAUUAAAAAUAAUACAUUACUGUACAUGAUGAAAGUAGAAUACAGUAACUACAGCCGUGACAAUGGCAAGUUGAGAUUGUAUAGAUUUGUUGCCUUCUACAAUUUAGAGAAGACAAAUUGCCAAUGAAAUAAAGUUGGCAGAGAUGUUGAAAAUCUUAUGCCUUUUCUGAAUUUCUAAAAAAAAAAGACCCCUUUGUCUGAUGUAGUUCAGAAACAUCUAUGGCUUUACAACUUGCAUUAAAAAUAAGCAUUUGAAUUCCUUAAGUUAAUACAUUUUUGAGUGCAAUAUCUAUUUUAAAAUAAUUUUUUUUAUUGAAUUGUCCACAUUUAGCAUGUGAUGAAUAUGUGUUCAUAUUUGUUGUUUAUUUUAUUGUUAUGUUUUUGAUAGGAAUUUAUAUUUAUAUAAUUGUUAUUUAUGUAUGUUUGCUUGUUUUUUUACAGCAACACAGCAUUGUUAAUUAAAAUGUACAUGAUGUAUGAUUUGUAAUAUAUCCUUAAAAAGCUUAUAGUAAAAGAUGCAUGUAGCCUGACAGUUCAGAGAUGUCGCCUGAGUAGACUGAUGGAUCUUCAUCCUGUUGUCAUGGUUACAUGUCAACAGACAAGUUUGGUGAGUAAUGGAGGAUCCAAACAUUGCACGUCUGUAUAUGAUCGUAUUGUCCUGUGCAACUGAUUCUAUCAAAAUCAUCUAAAAUGACAUUUUUGUUGAAAUUUGGAUUUAUUUGCUGGAUCUUCUGUAAUUUACUGUAAAUUAACCAUUUUCUAGAGAUAAAAGCAUAUGCAUGAUACGUUGAAUACUCAAAAGUAUUAAAAACUACCAAAAAACUUGCAAAGCUCUCAUGUCAGUUUCUUAACUCCAAAAGACAUCUUUUGUUUUUUACUGAAAACAUUUUUUUGGUUAGAAGUUUGUUGUAUAUGCAAGAAUUGGGAUCAGUUGCACAUUUCUGUCAUGAUUAGAAAUAACUGUAAAAAAAUGUGUGUUUUUCAUGAUAUACAUACAUGUACUAAGGAACAAUUCCAUCUGACGGGAAGGAGUCAAAUUCAGAAUCAUCUCAGGAGUCAUCAGGUGCUCCGAAAACAUUUUAAACGAUGAACACAAUGAGGAACUAUGCAAGUAACAAGUUAAGAGAAUUAAGAUAUGCUAACAUUAAUUUACUUUGGAAAUUUCAAAUCAAGUAUACAUGGAUACAUAAGUACUUCAUAAUGAGCAUAUUCAACUAUAUAGGAAAGUUUGUGAUUAGGAUAAAAUAAAUUGCUACAUGUAUUCAUUCAUACAUAUUGUGAGCAUACUUCGACUCCAUUUCAAUGUCUCUCAGUAAAAAAACAAGAUUUCAAAUGGUAAAGGGAAUUAUUGAAGUAAUAAACAAUCUAGGAAAGGAUGGUAUAUAAACUGGUAUCUAGUCUGUCAAAUGUGAGCUUACAGUGACUCCUUAUGAACUGAUUUUGGUAUGUUGAUCAUGAGUUAAGUUGCUGAUGCUGAGGCAAUUUGGGAAGUUACGAAAAAUGAGAUUACUGAAUCCUCACUAACUACUCUAUGGUCUGUUAAUCAGGAAUGGGGCCUGCCGCUAUAGACCGUAAGAAAUAAUUGAUGAUGAUUGUAGGAAAAAGCAAUAAAAAAACAUACAGCAAUGAGACAGUUAAAUAUAAAGAUGAGCAAUUAGCACGAGAACAAAUAAAAAAUAAUUGAAUAAUAUUUGUUCGUCAUGGAAUACUUGACACAGCCAAUUCCAUUUAAGGUCAGAAUAAGUCAGUCUUAAAGUAAAAAGGUGCUCAUGGAAAGAAAGACUUGUAAUCGAGUAAAUAAAUGAGACAGCAAGUAUCAUGCAUGAUUCAAAUGAAAUCCACAUGGAAAUGAAAAGUGAGAAAAAGGCUUAAUAUCUUAUGGAAUAUGUAUAUACGCUCAAAGCAGUUGGAAACACUGCCAACUUGAGUCCUUUCAAAUUAUUUUCUAAGGACUUCUUAUGAGUACUCCUUGGAUUGGAAGUUUAUGACGUGAGACCAUGAGACAAACAAUACCUGAUUUUAUCCGAGUGAAUGUCUGUCCGUCCAUCUGCGGUAGGAGCAAGGUCAAAAUUCAACAAUGAAGUCGUUACGAUCUGGCGUUUAGCAGAUGAAAGCUGUCCUUCACAGCAAAUAAAGGUUUUGUGAACUUGCUUAAUCAAAAUGGCAUUCAGUCAUCUAAACUUCCUACAUGCAUGACAUGAGACUACCUGUGGCAUAAAAAUGGCAUCCAGUCGUCUAAACAUCCUACAUGAGACUACCUUCAUGCAUAAAAAUGGCAUCCAGUCGUCUAAACGUCCUACAUGAGACUACCUUCAUGCAUAAAAAUGGCAUCCAGUCGUCUAAAAGUCCUAAUUGAGACUACCUAGCCUUCAUGCAUAAAAAUGGCAUCCAGUCGUCUAAACGUCCUACAUGAGACUACCUCCAUGCAUAAAAUGGCAUCCAGUCGUCUAAACUUUUUACAUAAGACGUCAACAAAAUUUUUCUGUCAAGUAUCAAUGUGCAAAUACUAAAAGAUCUUUUAAAGUGCUAAAGUGUUGUAAUUUUGUAACAAAUUUACUAUUGUAUUGUUUUAAAUAUUAAUAUACAAAUUAAUCAGG